AUGGUCAUGCAGACCAAGGCGCUAGCGGUAGGGAAAGAGGCCGGCGUGCCUAAGUCUGUGUUCUCGGCUAUGUACACUUUUAGGAGAGGGUUCAUCUGUCGCCAUGCGCUGUCCUGCCGUCGCAACAUCUGA